CAUGCCUCGGAAAGCCGUUUUGUUUUUUUUUCUUCUUCUUUCCCGCGGCGGUUUGAAAACUCCGGCAACCGUCAUGUCUCUCGCGGAGGGGAAAGGGCAGGUCCCGGCGGGCCUCGAGUUGUACCUGAAAGAGAAGCGUCUCUCCACGUUUACCCAGUGGCCCUUCGUCUCCGACUGCUCCUGCACUGCAGACAGGAUGGCUGAAGCUGGAUUCAUUCACUGUCCUAUUGAGAAUGCUUCCGAUGUGGCACAAUGUUUUAUAUGUUUUAAAGAAUUAGAGGGAUGGGAACCUGAUGAUGACCCCAUGGAAGAGCACCGUAAACACUCCCCCAACUGUGCAUUUCUUGCUCUACAGAAAGACAUUUGUGACCUGACAGUAGAGGAAUUUAUGAAACUUCGUAAAGAGAGGAUGAAAAAUUUGAUUGAAAAAGAAGUUAAGCACACAAUUACCGAGAUGGAGAAAUAUGCUAAUCUGAUCCGUGGAAAAAUAGACAGCUGCGUUCAUAAACUGUAUACCACUGCGUGCCUGUGGUAUUCAUCCACUUGA